AUUUCUGGAAUGGCUGCGAAUACAUUUUUCAUACUCCUGUCUUCGCCAGCGUUUAAUUUUCUGAAUUAAGUUGACGGUUGAGUUGAACUAAACUGUAUGUAUCGGUAUAUUUCAGUAUUUAUAUUUUAUUGUAAGUGCCUCGUCGUCAAUUCAUGCAUUAUGUCCGAUUUCCCGUUGCAGCAACGCCAACGAUCUCAACAUUCUCAAAACCCUGCUUUUGCAAAAUUUGUUAACAAAACUGAUAGGAACGUUUCUGUUGAAUGGCUCAACUUUCAGGGAAAUCAUGUUGUGUAUAAAGACAGAUUAGAACCAAGAGAUUAUAUAUUGAUGGAUACUUUCAAGACACAUCCUUGGGUUUUUUAUGAGAGUAUUUGCAGACAUCCACUCACUUUCCUUCCUAAUUUUGAGAAAAUCUACUUUCCAGUUGAAUGGAGUGGAGAACAUCAAAGAUUUCAUUCCGUUGAAAUUGUGAAUCCUCUUUUGAAUUUAAGGCAAAUAUGCUUGAACUACUUGCACCGUUACUUGGUGGUAAAUUGUGAAUAUACCUCUAUUGCUAUAUUUGACUCGAAAGUUGAUCAACUCUUUGAUGGAUUACCUGUUGUAUUAGCUAAUGACUUGAAACAGUUAUCGAAAGAUCAGGAUAAUAAAAACCUUCCUAUUUAUUUUGAAGGAGAUUAGUAUCUAUAAUGUAUAGAUCAGGAUAAUACCUUGAUACUGUUUACAGAAAAAAAUUGGCUUGAUAUCUUUGGUACUUUAAAUAUUUUGAUUGUCGUAUACUUAAUCUCUAAUGUUUAUUUGAUUUUAAGUUUAGAACAUAAGAUUGUUGUAUGAGUAUAAUAUCAACUAGUAUUUAUUUAAAAAACUUACUUUUCUGACACAAAUUUUAUAUAAUAUGAUUUUAGACUCGGCAAUUCUUUCUUAAAAAACCUAUAUAUCAAUGUAUAUUAUAUGUUUUAUAAAGCUGAUGCUUGUUUUUAUUUUUUCUAUUCUAACAUUAUGCAAAAGUCUUCAAUUUUUGUACCUUUCAUUAACUGUCGUUUAUUAUGCACUCCAAACCUAUUGUCCGAAUGUUCCUAGUGAGGUAACAUCUCAUUAAGUUUCUAAUGCAAAUUUGGUGAUGCUACUUGAUUUUUCCGAAUUGAAAUUGAAGUUUAAUGUGUUUAUUGGUUUUGAAAUGUAAAGCUAGGUUUCUUCUAAAUAAAAACUAUAUUGCAAGUAUCUUGUCAAUACCUUUUUAUAUUAUUAGUUGAUUAUCGUAAGGUCUCUCUGUAGUAUGACAUUUUUUCAUUAUGACUGAAAUCAAGACAUUUGUAUAUUCAUGGCUUGGAAAACAAAAGCUAACUCCAGUUUAUGAUGUUCAAGCUGGUGGCAACAAGUAUAAACCAAGAUUUAAAUGUGAGCUCAGAGUUGAUACAAUACCUUAUGCUGGAAUAGGAAACUCAACAAAUAAGAAGGAUGCCCAAGCAAAUGCUGCCUGGGAUUUUGUUAAUUAUCUUGUUCGAGCUGGAAAAAUGAAGCCUUCUGAAGUACCCCCAAAAUCGGGUGUCAGCACUGGUCCUAUGGUGCCACCAAACAAUGGAUCCCAAUUUUCCAGCACUGGCAUGAUGAGUGAAGGAGGUCAACCACUUCCUGGUUCUCUUCCUCCUCACCUUCAACUAAAACAGGAAAUGCAGAGGCAGGAUGGUUUUUCUCAAAACCAACCAUCAGACCAAUUCAUGUCUUCUGGAUUCCAAGGUUAUGGCAUGGGAAGUGCUGGCCCUUCUGAGAGAGGUGGGGCAUUGCAUGAAUAUUAUGAUAAGAGAAGAAAAUUGGAAGAGAUGGAGGAGAAAGAGACAUUUGCAUCAGAAGAAGUUGACAUGAAUUCUCGUCUCCAUGGAAACUGGACAAUUGACAAUGCGAAAUCAAGAUUGAAUGAAUUUUUUCAAAAGGAAAAGAUCUCUGCAGAUUAUAAGUAUAGUCAAGUUGGACCUGACCAUAACAAGAGCUUUAUUGCUGAGAUGGCUAUCUAUGUCAAGAAAAUUGGAAGAACUCUUCAUGCUCGAGAACAUGGGUCUAAUAAAAAAAAUGCAUCACAGUCGGCAGCUUUAUCUCUUGUACGACAAUUGUUUCAUCUUGGUGUUAUUGAAAAUUAUACUGGCUUAACCAAGAAGAAACAAAGUGAUGAGGCCGAACCCUAUGAUGUAACACUGAAUCCACAAGUUAUUGCUCAUUUGAAGGAAUCUCUUGCUACUUUGGAAAUUGCACCUGCUGUUCCUCCACCUAAUGCUAAUCCAAAUCAGAACCCAGUCAGUUUGAUUCCUCAGAAAAAAAUAUUCUUUCCACCUUCUCAACGGAAACUUGUAGCAGGAGUGAUUCCAUGGUCACCACCUCAAGCUAAUUGGAAUCCGUGGACAAGUUGUAACAUUGAUGAAGGACCUUUAGCUAAUAUGACUUCUGAACAAAUUAGCCAUGACUUAUUGAAUGAAUACAAUUAUGCAUUGGAUAACAACAAUCUGAUGAACAAGAUGAUGAAUGAACGUGCUGAUUUACCAAUAUUUUCAUACAGAGAUGAAUUAUUAGAAAAGAUACAGAAAAAUCCUGUAAUUAUUAUCAGAGGACAGACAGGUUCUGGUAAAACUACACAGGUUCCUCAGUAUGUUCUCGAAUCUUUGAUUGAAUCAAAUAGAGCAUCAGAUUGUAAUAUUAUUGUGACUCAACCAAGAAGAAUAAGUGCUGUUACUGUUGCUGAAAGAGUUGCUGAAGAAAGGGGGGAAGAUCUUGGUCAAAGUGUUGGAUACAGUGUCAGAUUUGAUUCUGUUUUACCAAGACCUCACGCUGGAAUCCUGUUUUGUACUGUUGGUGUUCUGCUCAGAAAAUUGACUGCUGGUUUGAGAGGAAUCUCCCAUGUUGUAGUUGAUGAAAUUCAUGAACGUGACAUCAAUACUGAUUUUCUUCUUGUUGUUCUUCGUGAUAUUGUUGCCACAUUUACCGGGAUUCGUAUUAUAUUGAUGUCAGCCACAAUUGAUACAACCAUAUUCAGUCAAUAUUUCAACAAUUGCCCAGUAGUUGAAGUUCAUGGACGUACCCAUCCUGUCCAAGAAUAUUUUCUUGAGGAUUGUGUACAAAUGCUGGGAUUCUCACCUCCACCAAUGAAUAGGAAAAGGAAAGAUCGUAAAAAUAAUAACAACAAUGACGAUGAUGAUGAAACUGGAAUGGGUGGCGAUGAUGAAGAAAAUCUCAACCUGCAAAUCAGCAAUAAUUACUCUGAAGCAACUCGACAUGCAUUAUCUCAACUGAGUGAGAAAGAAUUAAGUUUUGAAUUAAUUGAAGCAUUACUCAAGUAUAUUGCAGGUUUGAAUGUGCCUGGUGCAGUUCUUGUAUUUCUUCCUGGAUGGAAUCUUAUAUUCAUGUUAAUGAAGUAUCUGGAAAAUCAUCCUGUAUUCAGUGGACCAAAGUACAGAAUACUGCCAUUACAUUCUCAAAUACCAAGGGAAGAUCAACACAGAGUUUUUGAGCCAGUACCGGAGGGUGUAACAAAGAUAAUUCUGUCAACUAACAUUGCGGAAACGAGCAUCACAAUCAAUGAUGUUGUCUAUGUGAUUGAUUCAUGCAAAGUAAAAAUGAAGAUGUUCACUUCUCACAACAACAUGACAAAUUAUGCCACUGUAUGGGCCUCACAGUCCAACAUGGAACAAAGAAAAGGGCGAGCUGGUCGUGUUAGACCUGGUUUCUGCUUUUACAUGUGCAGUAGACCUCGUUAUGAAAAGCUUGAUACCCAUUCCACUCCUGAAAUGUUGAGAACUCCUCUUCAUGAAAUUGCUUUGAGUAUAAAACUACUUCAACUUGGAAGUAUUGGAGAAUUUUUAUCAAAGGCUCUUGAACCACCACCAUUGGAUGCAGUGAUUGAAGCAGAACAUUUACUUCGAGAAAUAAAUGCUUUAGAUAAAAAUGAUGAGCUGACUCCACUUGGUAGAAUUCUUGCUAAAUUACCUCUGGAACCAAGACUUGGAAAGAUGAUUGUACUCGGAUGCAAUUUCUUUGUCGGUGAUGCAAUGUGCAUCAUAGCUGCUGCAUCAUGUUUUCCUGAACCAUUUGAAAUGACAGGAAAAAGAUUGAGUUGGAAGCAUCGUGACUUUGCUGGAGAAAGAUUUUCCGAUCACGUAGCUUUAUUAUCUUGCUUUAAUGCAUGGGAAAGUGCAAGUAUGAGGGGAGAAGAUCAAGAGAAAGACUUUUGUGAAAGAAAACAAAUUACUAUGACAACACUUCGAAUGACAUCAGAAGCUAAGAAUCAACUCAGGGAUAUUCUCAUUAACGAAGGCUUUCCGGAAGAAUGUCUUCAACAUCAUUUCUUUAACUUUAAUGGUGAAGAUACGAAACUAGACAUUGUGAUAUCACUUCUAUGUGUUGGUGUUUAUCCAAAUGUGUGCAUUCAUAAAGAAAAGAGAAAGGUUUUGUGUGAAUCCAGAGCUGCUCUGAUACAUAAAUCAUCAGUCAAUUGUCCAUUCGGAAACAAAGAUUGCACUUUCCCAUCUCCCUUCUUUGUUUUUGGAGAAAAGAUUCGCACUAGAGCAGUGAGUGCAAAACAAAUGACGAUGGUGACACCAUUACAGCUUCUAAUAUUUAGUUCAAGUCAAGUAACUGCUCAUGAAGAAUUUGUUAAAAUAGAUGAUUGGAUUCGUCUUUGUAUGCCAUUGGAUGCGGCUGCUAGUUGCGUUGCUUUACGGACAGCACUUGAGGGAUUAAUAGUUCGUUCCACUUCAGAACCAGAGUCCAUAGCUAGUCCUCCUCCAGCUGAAGCAGAAAUGAUGGAUAUUGUUCGAGAAUUAUCAAAAGCAACUGCAGCUGGAAGUAAAGUGGAUCCGCAAGAGGCAUUGCACAGUUUUCGGCCAGAUGGUGCACCACAUAAGAUAUUUCGUGGUGGAAGAGGAUUCAGAGGUGGACGUGGGUUUUAUGGUGGUCCUCCACGGGGAGGUGGUUUUUAUGGAGGACGUGGGGGUGGAGGUGGAGGUUUUGGGGGCUUUCGUGGGGGUGGAUUUUGUGGUGGUCCACGAGGUGGUAGAGGAUAUGGAAGAUUUUCCAGAGGACGUGGCAGAUGGUGAAAGAUCAAGUUGGAUGUAUUGAAAUGCAAUCAUUUGUCAACAUUCUGCAUAACAAUGUUUUCCGUGAUGUGAUGGUCAGGGACGUAUGUCGGAGACUCUGAUAUGCUUCACAAUUUUAAAGAUUCAAGUAUUUUUUGUGUGCGCAGUAGUUUACGUUUUUUAGGCUUCAGUUAGUUAAAUAUCAGCUCAAAUUAUGCGAAUAUUCUCAACUUAAAUUAUGCGAGUUUAAAGGUUGGCAGUUCAAAAUUCAAUCCAACUUUUUUGACUUGCAUUUCACUAUGAAUUGCUUUUAUCCUGUGCGUAUUCAUGCAACCCAAUCUUCUAGCUCUUUUCGUCUCUUGAGAAGUGAGCACACUGAAGUCUGUUAUUGUCAUGAUUUAUCAAAUCAUCUUAUUUUCAUCUAUCUCCAACAAAGAUUAAUGAUUUUCCUAAUAGUAUACCACCCCAUUCUCAUCAGAAAAUUUUACUGUUUUUAUUAUUUUUUUUUGAUCGACUAAAAGCUUGAGCGCGAGAUAUCA